UUCCGAGAAGCUGCUCAUCAGUUUGCUGAUGAGGAGAUAAACGAUUGAAACAGGACAUGUGGUUAACAGAGGACGAGUCCAGCAGUCAGGGGACAGAGGGAGACAGAGACAGACGUCUACCUGGACAUGGCUCGCCUGCUGAUGGUGCUGCUGCUGCUGUGGAGCUCAGGACUCCGGGCUGAGGGAAACCAUCAGUCACCAGGUGCUCAGUGUGAAUCCACAGCCAAGACUGACAUCGUGCUGUUGGUGGACGACUCUGGAAGCAUCAGGAAUGACGACUUUGCAUCCAUGCUUGUCUUUCUUGCUGACGUGGUCAGACGCUUUGACAUCGGCCCAGACAAAUUCCAGAUUGGUGUGACUCUGUACAGUGACAGUCCAAAGACCAUGUGGAACCUGAACACCUAUCAAAACAAAGAAUCCCUGCUGAGCGCCAUAGCCAACCUGAAACAAACUGGAGGAGGCACCAUGAUAGGAAGGGCUCUGGACCGCAUCAACCAGAUGAGCUUUAAACCCCAUGUGGGAAUGCGUGCGGACUCCCGUAAAAUUGCUGUUCUGAUCACCGACGGGAAAUCUCAGGAUGCCGUAAACCUCCCCUCACAGAACCUGAAAGACAGGGGCAUUGAGAUCUACACUAUCGGUGUGAGAGAUGCUGACAGGUCACAACUGUGGUCCAUUGCCUCUGACCCCAAAGAAUCUCACAUGUACCAUAUUCAGGAAUUCCUUUCUUUCUCGGACAUCACCAACAACCUCUACAUCGACCUCUGUAACAGCACUAAAAGCUUAGACUCUGUCAGGCUGGUGAAUGGAACCAGUCUGUGUUCAGGCAGACUGGAGGUGAAGUCUAACCAGUCUAACCAGUGGUGGUCCUCAGUGUGUGAUGCUGACUUUGACCAGCAGGAUGCAGAGGUGGUCUGUAGGGAGCUUGGCUGUGGGGCUCCUUCAGUCCUCCAGGGGGCGCUCUAUGGAGAAGUGGAGGCUCCAAUGUGGACCAGAGAGUUCCAGUGUGGAGGCAAUGAGUCUGCUCUCCGGGACUGUAGGAGCUCAGACUCAGCUAGAACCACCUGCUCACCUGGGAAAGCUGUUGGACUCACCUGCUCAGGUGCUCAGUGUGAAUCCACAGCCAAGAUUGACAUCGUGCUGUUGGUGGACGACUCUGGAAGCAUCAGGAAUGACGACUUUGCAUCCAUGCUUGUCUUUCUUGCUGACGUGGUCAGACGCUUUGACAUCGGCCCAGACAAAUUCCAGAUUGGUGUGACUCUGUACAGUGACAGUCCAAAGACCAUGUGGAACCUGAACACCUAUCAAAACAAAGAAUCCCUGCUGAGCGCCAUAGCCAACCUGAAACACACUGGAGGAGGCACCAAGAUAGGAAGGGCUCUGGACCACAUCAACCAGAUGAGCUUUAAACCCCAUGUGGGAAUGCGUGCGGACUCCCGUAAAAUUGCUGUUCUGAUCACCGACGGGUUGUCUCAGGAUGAUGUAAACCUCCCCUCACAGAACCUGAAAGACAAUGGCAUUGAGAUCUACACUAUCGGUGUGGAAAACGCUGACAUGUCACAACUGUGGUCCAUUGCCUCUGACCCCAAAAAAUCUCACAUGUACUAUAUUGAGCAAUUCCUUUCUUUCUCGGACAUCACCAACAACCUCUACAUCGACCUCUGUAACAGCGCUAAAAGCUUAGACUCUGUCAGGCUGGUGAAUGGAACCAGUCUGUGUUCAGGCAGACUGGAGGUGAAGUCUAACCAGUUUAACCAGUCUAACGAGUGGUGGUCCUCAGUGUGUGACGCUGACUUUGACCAGCAGGAUGCAGAGGUGGUCUGUAGGGAGCUUGGCUGUGGGGCUCCUUCAGUCCUCCAGGGGGCGCUCUAUGGAGAAGUGGAGGCUCCAAUGUGGACCAGAGAGUUCCAGUGUGGAGGCAAUGAGUCAUCUCUCCUGGACUGUAGGAGCUCAGACUCAGCUAGAACCACCUGCUCACCUGGGAAAGCUGUUGGACUCACCUGCUCAGAGCCUGUCAGGUUGGUGGGAGAAGCCAGUCGCUGUGCAGGUACACUGCAGGUGAACCGAGGAGAGUGGAGACCAGUGGAUGACGAUGGCUGGACCCUGAAGGAAGCAGCUGUAGCCUGUAGAGAGCUGGACUGUGGCUCUGCUGUUUCAACAAGGAGAGGAAUGGAGUCCUCAUACAGCUCUGUAUGGAAGAUCAACACUGACUGUGUUCAUUCUGGAUUUACCCUGAGGGAUUGUUCAUCAUCAGCUUCCCCUUCCGCCAUCCUGGAAAUCACCUGUUCAGACCUGCUGGUUCAGCCAAUCAUCUCUGUGUCCUCCUCCAUGGACGGGGUCUCCGAGGCCCAGCAGCAGGGAAAUUUAAGUGUAUUCAUGGGCUCCGACUUCAGCAUCAGCUGCUCCAUCCAGCCACAGUACCCAGGAGGCUUCUUCCAGCUCACCUUCACCUCCCCCGGCACAACGCACAACUACAACCAGCCGGCUGUCAAUCACUCCGCCCAUUUCCUGUUUCCUGCUGCACAGCCCGCCCACCAAGGAAACUACAGCUGUGUUUAUCACAUCUACGUUUUUUCUCAUAACUUCUCCUCUGAGAGCCGUCAGCUGUCCUUCACUGUCUCAGAUCCAACAGGUACUAUCAUCAGACUGGUCGUCCUGCCACUGAGUCUGUUGUUGGUGAUCGCUGUCAUCUGUUUCAGCCUUAAGGCCACCAGGGGGCAGAAGCCAGUUCCACAGGAGACCAAAGAGCUGGAUUGUUAUAACCUGGGUGUUUCCAGAGCUGAAGGAGGGCUGGCUGAAGAGGAAGGAGUCCAGGCAGCAGAGUAGAGUAGCAGAUUUCUCAGCUGACACACAACUGUCCGUCAGCUCAGUCAAGUAUCUGACAUUUUCACAGACAUUCGCUUUAGAGUAUCACUGGAAUCCCUGCAGGAAAACUACUGAGGGAGAAAAUCAUCUGUGGUGUCAUCUCUCAGUCUCAUGUGAUGAGUUAUAAUACUGAUUUACAGGUUUAGAGACUGAAAGUAAAGUGAGGAUGCUUUCACCUCUGUAGUGUAGAUGUGAAGACAUAGCUGCCUAAAUCCCAUUGGCAGCUGCCAUAGCAACCAAUGUCCUAGUAGGGACCCACCCUCAGAAACAGAAUAGCAGAGAGAGAGAGAGAGAGAGAGAGAGAGAGAGACACAGACAAAAAAAUUCAAAACUUUCAAAUAUGAACCCCAGAGGAGAAAGUGUCAGUUCUUCUGAAGGAGCAGCAGCUCCUCUGCAGCUAAAUAUGUCUCUGCCUGCCACAGCCUGAAGGCCUCACAAUAACAUCCCCAUUGACACACAUCAGUAUGAUUUUAAAUCUAAAUCUGUAUCAAUAUUCAACACGUUUAAUCAUUACUGUAUUGUAUGUGUAUAUAUCAUUUGUAAACUGCUUUGGCAAUAACAUGUUUUUGUUCAUGCUAAUAAAGCUAUUUUGAAUUUGAAUUUGAGAUCAGUGGAGGAGGUAAACAGCCACAACAAACAGCCAGUGUGUCAGUGUCAGUCAGUUACUGUCUUGUCUAAGGGGGACGGAGGGUGUGAGAGUGUACAGUGUGACCAAUAGAAGCUGCACACAUGCAUAGAUGUGAUGUGGUUCCAUGAAUAACUUUAUAUGCACAUGUAGUAAAUAUGACUUAGUAUAGUGUUAAAUAUGGUCUAAUGUUUGCUAACUGCUCAUAUCAUCAUUGAUAAGGAUCAAGCUUCAAUAAAUAGUUUUUUUGCUCAUAAAUAAAUUCUGGUUAAGACA